UGUUAUAUCUCUGAACCGUGAGUACCUCUCUCACAGAAAGCCACCACAGCAAGCAGAGGCAGCAAAAACAAAAACACCCAAGACAGACGAGGGAAGAGGAAGAAAACAAAAAGCUGCCCCUUAUGGAAGAUAUAAAGGAUUCUAAGGUGAAGAGAUUUUGCUCCAAAAAUAUUCUGAUCAUCCUUGGUUUCUCCUCUGUCUUGGCUGUGAUAGCUCUGAUUGCUGUGGGACUGACCCAGAACAAACCAUUGCCAGAAAAUGUUAAGUAUGGGAUUGUGCUGGAUGCCGGGUCGUCUCACACCAACCUGUACAUCUACAAGUGGCCGGCUGAGAAGGAGAAUGAUACAGGAGUGGUGCAGCAGUUAGAAGAAUGCCAAGUGAAAGGUCCCGGAAUCUCAAAAUACGCUCAGAAAACAGAUGAAAUAGCUGCAUAUCUGGCUGAAUGCAUGAAAAUGUCCACUGAGCGGAUACCAGCGUCCAAACACCACCAGACACCCGUGUACCUGGGAGCCACCGCGGGCAUGCGCUUGCUCAGAAUGGAAAGCGAGCAAUCGGCAGACGAAGUCCUGGCUGCAGUGUCGAGAAGCCUGAAGAGCUACCCCUUUGACUUCCAGGGCGCCAAGAUCAUCACUGGGCAGGAGGAAGGGGCCUAUGGGUGGAUUACUAUUAACUAUCUGCUGGGCAGAUUCACUCAGGAACAGAGUUGGCUAAACUUCAUCUCAGACAGCCAGAAACAGGCAACCUUUGGCGCUUUGGAUCUUGGCGGAGCCUCCACACAGAUCACCUUCGUGCCCCUGAACAGCACUCUAGAGGCCCCAGAAACCUCCCUGCAGUUCCGUCUCUACGGCACGGACUACACCGUGUACACACACAGCUUCCUGUGCUAUGGGAAGGAUCAGGCACUCUGGCAGAAACUGGCCCAGGACAUUCAGGUUUCAAGUGGUGGGAUUCUCAAGGACCCGUGCUUUUACCCAGGAUAUAAGAAGGUUGUGAAUGUAAGCGAACUCUAUGGCACUCCCUGCACCAAGAGAUUUGAGAAGAAGCUACCGUUUAAUCAGUUUCAAGUCCAGGGCACUGGAGACUACGAACAGUGCCACCAGAGCAUCCUCAAGCUCUUCAACAACAGCCACUGCCCUUACUCCCAGUGUGCCUUCAACGGUGUCUUCUUACCACCUCUCCAGGGGAGUUUUGGGGCAUUUUCUGCUUUCUACUUUGUGAUGGACUUUUUUAAGAAGAUGGCGAACGACAGUGUCUCCUCUCAGGAGAAAAUGACUGAGAUAACAAAAAACUUUUGCUCAAAGCCUUGGGAGGAGGUAAAGGCAUCUUAUCCUACAGUAAAGGAGAAGUACCUGAGUGAAUACUGUUUCUCGGGGACCUACAUCCUGUCCCUCCUUCUGCAAGGCUAUAACUUCACGGGAACCUCCUGGGACCAGAUUCAUUUUAUGGGCAAGAUCAAAGACAGCAACGCAGGGUGGACUUUGGGCUACAUGCUGAACUUGACCAACAUGAUCCCAGCUGAACAGCCAUUAUCCCCGCCUCUCCCUCACUCCACCUACAUCAGCCUCAUGGUUCUCUUCUCCCUGGUCUUGGUCGCCAUGGUCAUCACAGGGCUGUUCAUCUUUAGCAAGCCUUCGUAUUUCUGGAAAGAGGCGGUAUAGCAGGAGCAGUUGAAACUUGCUGGCUGGAGAGAGAAAACAGCCUGCCCAGGGAGCGGAUUCCUCCCUGCAAGGGGGGCCUGAGUCACCCUUCCCUGCUCACCUGGGACAGUCUAGGCCAGCGUGAAGCUUCUGAGGCUUCCUGAGGCCUUUCCUUGGGGACACUCAACACCCUCUUCCUCGAGGACUUCCUGGUGAGCCUCUCUCGCCUUCUCCAGUUAACCCUCUUUCUUCUUUGUCCCCUGCGCUUGGGAUCACAACUUUCAUGAUCUGUGCUUCAUAAAAGAACAGUGUCAACUUUGUCUCCAAGAACUAAGAGUUCUGAGUGUCACCCUGCCCAAGCUGAGCUGGCUGAAAGACGAAACUCAGAAACUGUCUCAGCCAUAGCUGUGGGACACCCCCUCCUCCCCAUAUCUCCUAAUAAAGCCAUGCAGUGCCUUCAGAGAGAGGAGACACACACCCAUCCAAGCCUGCCCUCUGCAUAGGAGGAUUUUCUGAAGCAGAUAAGUAUGUGCUAACGUAAGAGUCUUCGCAGAGGCGCUUACGUGCAGCUAAUGUGGCUCUCCAUCCACUGAAAAUAAGAACGGAAGCAAGCAAUUGCCUGUUCCUGCGUGAUGCCAAAAUGCUACCAUGUAGAACACAAAGGCCAGAGAUCUUUGAAGAGCAGAUGCGCAUAUCGGCAUUCAGGGGAUAGACUGUGACAAUAGUAUACACAACUAGGAAGAAAGCCACAGCCACCACCCAGGACUGGGGAAAUAUAUCCUCUAAUGCAUCUUUUAGAGUUUUGUGGGUUUUUUUAAUGUUAAAAUACAUAUAACAUAAAUCUUGCCACAUUUACAUUCAGCCCAGCACCACUGAAUAGAAUUUAGUACAUUUACAAUGUUAUACAGCAGUCACUAUUUUGCCUUCAGUUAUGUGUGUAUGCGUGGGUCUGUGCACAUGAGUACAGGGAACAUGGUGGCCAGAAGGGGGCAUCAGUCUUUCAGAGCUAGUGUUUUAAGCAACCAGGUGUGAACUGGCCAGUUGUGGGGGCUGGAAAUCAACCUGGGGCCCUCUGCUCUUAACCGCUGAGUUAAGAGGUUAAGUUAACCUCUCAGCCUCUAUUCCACUGUUACAUAACAUUCGAUAACCAAGAAGUUGGCUGGGGACAAGACCAUACACUGGUUUUCUCAAACCACAAACCUGUCCACUGAUGUCCAAAUAGACUCUGCAACACAGAGAUUGCUCACGGGGUUUGAAAGCCAUGCCACAUCUUAUGGUCCCGAGACUUUGUUUAGUGAGGGGAGGCAGGCUUUUGCUCUGCGUUGGUAUUUAUACAUCAGGUGUUGCUGCUUCUCCUCAGGAGUUAAGAAAGUGCACACCUUAUUUCCCCAUUUGAUGGAGUGUUUUAUGGGUAGUGAAUAAGUGACUGUCGACGUAUGCUAUGGGAAUUUAAAGAGACCUUGUGAGUAUUGACUCAAGAAGUAACUGUCUGGCAGAAUCGAGCACUAUUGUGUUCUCGCCCCGACUCAAACUGUCUCUCCGUCUCUGAUCUGGAGACUGACUACUUAGAAAGGGGAGUUUCCCGCAAGCUAAAGCUAAGUGUCCUGAAUCUCGUGGGCAGUCGAGCCAUUUUUCCGUUUUAUACGUCUCUUCUGCUAGUCACAGCUGGACACGCUGGCUAAAUCGCUGGGGCUGCCAUUGACUGAGCAUCUGUGGUCAUGCUCUCCGUGCUUAGGUGCAUGGUGUCUUCUCCUUCUGUUGUCACCGAAGUCUUCUGAAGAAGGUGGUCCUUACCGCCCCCAGUGCCCGUGGUAGAGCUGCGUUCAAACUCACACCUGCCUCGAGUCUUCUUUUUCUUUUGUUUUUCAUUUUUGUUAUUGUUCUUUUCAAGACAGGGUUUCCCUGUGAAGCUCUGGCCGUCCUGGAACUCACUAUAUAGACCAGGCUGGCCUCAAACUCACAGAGAUCCACCGGCCUCUGCCCUAUGCUGAGGAUUAAAGGUGUCACCACCACAUCUGGCCAUUUUUUUUUUCUUUUUUAAACACCCUUCCACCACCACUGCUGCCAAUAUGCUGGAAUUCAAAAUUACAAGUUUCUUCAGAGAACAAUAAUAUUUUUAAUUACAUAUUCAUCUUGUUGCCCAAGUUUUUAACCAACCAACCAAGCACAACAUCCAACUCAAUGGAGACAAUUAGGUGCCACCUAAUCUCAAUUCCAUUAGACUGAAGGUUAAUCCCGGGGUCAUCUUUGGGUCCUCUGGGUGGGGCAGGCCAAAUAAAAUGAGUCACUACCAAUAUUUCAAUGUUGGUUUGCCCACUGGUUAUAGUUAAUUAUUACUCAUCUCUAGCCUUUCAUUCAGGACUCAGAAUCUGGUUCUGCUAGCCUUGUUCCUUCAAAAGUUGAUGAUUUUUUUUUUCUACGAACCCGAUCAGGCAACCAAUCAGCAGAAGUGGCUUCAUUUGCAUAUAAAAAUGAAACUUUGUGUAUGCACAUGGAUGUGUAAGAGAGAGAAAUGUUUCAAUUCAUCUAAAUAAACGAGUAAGAAAUGUAACGUGAUAUAAACGGAAGUCUCAAAAGUACAUUUCAUUUUAGUGUUCUGUUAGCCAAGAGCCCUAUGGGAAACAGGUGGUCUACUCCACAGUGGGAAACAAGCAGACCUUAAAAAGAGACUAAAUUCAGAAUAUUCUCGUUUCAAUAACCGAUCAAGCUUCCAAAAUCUGUUGUGUGAAGACUAGCCACAUUUCCAACACCGGCUACAUGUUGGCAUGUUGGCAUUUUGGCAGGUUUGGAAAACUGGCAUGUUCUGAGGUUUCCAAGGUAGGUAAGAGGUAAGCUCUUGGUGCCCUUUUCCUGGGGAACAUUACACAGGUAGGCUAGGUAGACUGUAGCACCCCACUGUUCUCCAUUACACACAGACAUGAAUGUCACCCCUAGAAAAGCUGCUUAGGUCCCAGCAGAGCAUUUCACAAGGACCCUAUCUACGGCUUUGCUACCUUUAAGUGACAACUGGGCCGAGACAGGUGAGGUGAGCUUCCUAAGAUUCCACCUGGGUUCCAAGAUAUGUCUUCAUGUUUGCGUUUUCCAAAAUGUAAAUUGGAAUGUCAAUAAAAAUCAAUGAUCGUCUUUAAAACUUUUUUAAAACAA